AUGGCGUCCCCGCUGGCCGUGCAAGUGCAUGACUUGCAUUACCGCUUUACGACCAGCUCUACAUCUGCAUUGGAAGGCUGUGAUCUUCUGCUCCCUCGCGGCGCACGUUGUCUUCUGAUCGGUGCAAAUGGCGCUGGAAAAAGUACCCUUCUACGCCUGCUUGCAGGAAAGCGUCUGUGCGAGGCACAUAUUAGGGUGUUUGGCCAAGACGUGUUCCGUGCGCCGCCUCAAGGUAUUACCUACCUAGGAACCGAGUGGGCUAUGAACCCUGUGGUGCGUAGUGAUAUUACCGUGCAAGAUUUCUUGAACUCGGUUGGCGGCUUCCGGUUUAGUGAGCGUCGUGAUCGUCUCCUCGACCUAUUGGACGUGGAUCUAUCGUGGCGUAUGCACAUGAUCAGUGAUGGCGAGCGUCGUCGAGUGCAGCUUUGCAUGGGACUCAUGGAGCCAUGGCAGCUUCUGCUGCUCGAUGAAGUGACAGUGGAUUUAGAUGUCCAAGUUCGUUGCGAUUUGCUCGAUUUCCUGAAAGAAGAGAGUGAAACUCGAGGUGCAACAAUCGUUUACGCCACCCAUAUCUUUGAUGGUAUCCAUUCUUUUCCUACUAAUAUUGUGCAUGUGCAACUUGGACGCACGACGACAGCGCAACCUUUUCCCUGGCCUCUACCUCCGCCCUCAUCGCUGCCUGAGGAUUUAGCCAGCCAUCUUCCCGCUACGCUGCAAAAGUCCUGGUCCCAAGGUGGCUUCUCGUCUAUAUCGCUCCUGGAUUUGGCCCUAGCAUGGCUGCGCGAGGAUCGUGUCCUUCGUGAACAAAGUGAACGGCAACGAGGUAUCAAGCGUGGUCGUGCGAACCGGUCUAUGGAAGAGACUACGGAUGCGAAGAAGUUUUUCAGUCAAUACGAUUAUUAUACCAACUUUUCUACGUAG